CUUUCUGUCUUGACUUUAAAUGGACUCCUUUGGAUGGGAAGCUUCACAGAGUCGAGGGGUCAGUGACACUUCAGCUUUUCGGUGUCUCAUCUUCUGGGUUUACGCAGAAACUGCAGCUGACAAUGAAGUCCGUGGUGGUGCUGAUGUGCAUCCUGGGAGUGAGCCUCUGCCUGCCGGUGCAAGAGAGGUGGCAUGGAGAAGGAGGAACUUCUAGUAGUGAGGUGGAACAGAAGUUGAACAGAGAAGCGCGAUCUUCUAGUAGAGAAAAAUACAGGAGGCCAAUGAACUAUCCAUACUAUCCUCCUGCUGUUCCUCCUGGUGUUCCUAACAUGAUUCCUCCUGUGUUUCCUCCUGUCGUUCCUCCUGGUGUCCUACCAUCGGCACCAGUUUCUCCAAACCUCUCCCUUCUGGAACGGCUGGCUCUGCUCCUACAGUAGACGUUUCUCCUGCACCAGUUAGCCUUUUGUAUCUUGAUGCUUUGGAAGACUUGUAGAUUCAAAUAAAGUGACAUUGCUGCAUUGC